AUGAAGGUGGAUCAACGAGCUGUUGUCCACGCAUACCGUCACCUCUACCGACAGGGGUUGAAAGCCAUCCAGUAUUCAACACCAGGUCGCCAUAUGUUUCUAAAGACCUUGCGAAAAUCCUAUCGUUCCUCCGCUUCCGAAGAAUUUGACCCUGCCAAAAUCACCAACACGCUUCGCUUUCUCGAACGAGCUACCGAGAUUGCGGGUAUGGAACACAAGAUCUUGAAGAACCUCCUACUAGCUAGGUAUUGGGAGCAAGAUCACCUUGCAAGAGAGGCUCGCGUGGACAUGUCUCAGAUGAUUCGGACUCCGCAGUUCUCGACUUUUACCUCGGUGCUGAUCCGACCCGCUGCACCAGAUCGUGCAUCCGUUAGGCCUCAGUGCUUCCUUUGGGCACAAAUCCACAUCGAUGCGAGGCAGCUCGCCCAAAAGGGAUUUGCAGCCACCGGGUAA